AUGGCCGGGUCUUCCAUCACAGCGAGCUCUGGCAGCUCCCCCGCUGCCGCGCAGUCUUCCAGCACUAGUUUCAGCAGCCGCGUGGGCUCUACCGCGGCUAAGGUGGGGAAACAUAUCGUUAAGCACACCGGGACUGGGAUUGUUUGCGCUGUGGCGUAUUUUGACCCGGGAAACUGGGGUGUUGAUUUGCAGGCGGGCUCACAGUUCGGUUACAAGUUGUUGUUCAUUGUCCUACUCGCGGGCUUGAUCGCCGUUUUCAUGCAGUGCUUGGCCUCGCGCCUGGGCGUCGUCACCGGACUCGACCUCGCAUCCCACUGCCGCCUCCUCCUGCACGAUCGACCAAAACACACUCGUUUCUGGCGGUGGGCCGUCCUCUACCCGCUCUAUGUUUUGUCGGAAACCGCCAUUGUCGCGACCGAUCUCGCGGAGCUUCUGGGUUCCGCCAUCGCGCUCACUCUUAUGUUCCCCAGCCUGCCACUGUAUGCAGGCGUUAUUCUUACCGCGCUAGAUGUGCUGUUGUUGCUUGGUAUGAGGGACCCACUUGGGGGUGCCCCGGUGAAACCUUUUGAGUUUCUCAUUGCUGGUUUGGUCUUCACCGUGCUUAUUUGCAUGGGGGUUAUUGUCUCAAAGGCCAGCGUACACUGGGGAGAUGCAUUCGACGGUUUCAUCCCGUCGAGUGCCGUUGUCAGCCCUGGGGGUCUUUACACAGCUAUUGGCAUUCUCGGCGCGACCGUGAUGCCACACAGUCUCUUCCUCGGCUCCGCGCUUGCCACGCAGAGCGCGAGUCGGAGGAGGACGAAUUCAGCUUGGGAGAGCACGCCGACGCUCGGUGAGAAGACGCGCUCGUUCAUGACGAACGUCAAGGCCGGCUUCUCCAAGGACAGCCUUGUCGGCGGCGCGAAGCGCGUGUUCCAAAUGGGCCGCGUGGCUGAGGAGGAACGCCCGCCGAAGAACCACGCCGAGCACGAGAACCAUGACCUGGGCUUCGUGCGCAGGCAUUUGACGCACGGUAUCGUGGAUAUGGUCGUCAGUCUGCUCGGGCUGGCGCUCGUGGUCAAUGCUUUGAUUGUCAUCCUCGCCAGCGCGGUAUUCUUCUUCGGUGCCAACGGAGGUCCCGGCAACGGUCCUGCUACGCUUUUCGACGCGUACGACCUGUUGGUCGGUAAGCUCGGCAAAGCUGCUGCGACUUUGUUUGCGCUCGCACUGUUGGCUGCGGGCCAGAGUUCGUCCAUCGUCGCUACGCUCGCCGGACAAGUCAUUUCUGAGGGCUUCAUCCGGUGGAAAGUUUCUCCCGUACUCCGUCGCCUGCUCACUCGUUCCCUCGGUCUGAUCCCCUCCGUGAUCAUCGCCGCGGCGCUCGGGAAGGCCGGCGUCAGCGCCCUGCUCGUCAUUUCGCAGGUCGUGCUCUCCAUCGUCCUGCCCUUCAUCGUCUUCCCCCUGCUCUAUCUCUGCUCCUCCAAGGAGAUCAUGAGCGUCAAGACCGCGAUCAGCGGCCACGGCACAGCGCACAAGAAGAACGCUGCGUCGCAGUCGAGCAGCUCGUUCUCGACCAGCAGCGGCGAGGGCCCGCCCGAGUCGUGGUCGGAGCUCGACGUGAGCGACCCACAGCGGUGGCAGUCGCAGACGACGUUGGCGGGGCUGGCCACCGGGCGCGCGCUCCGGACGGUGGACGUGGAGGCGGCGGAGGAGAUCGUCGACUACUCGAUGGGGAAGAUCUCGAUGGUGUUUGGGUGGUCGAUGUGGCUGCUCAUCGUGCUCGCGAACGGGUACGCGAUCGUCACGCUCGCUUUGGGCGAGGACGCGUAG